AGGUUUGAAAGAAACUUUUGGACUGUGAAUUGAGGCAUUGGACUCGAGAUGGCCUCGCCGGCAGACAGCUGCAUCCAGUUCACCCGCCAUGCGAGCGAUGUCCUCCUCAAUCUCAACCGCCUUAGAAGCCGGGAUAUCCUGACCGACGUUGUCAUCAUCGUGAACCGGGAGCAGUUCAGAGCCCACAAAACAGUCCUGAUGGCCUGCAGUGGCCUCUUCUACAGCAUCUUCACUGACCAGCUCAAGUGCAACUUGAAUGUCAUCAACCUGGACCCUGAAAUUAAUCCUGAGGGGUUUUGCAUCCUCUUGGACUUCAUGUAUACAUCCCGCCUGAACUUGAGGGAGAACAAUAUCAUGGCCGUGAUGGCCACAGCGCUGUACCUGCAGAUGGAGCAUGUGGUUGAUACCUGCCGAAGGUUUGUCAAAUCUAGUGAAGCGGAGAUGGUGUCUGCUGUGAAGACCCCAAGGGAAGAGUUUUUGGCUGGACGGAUGCUGAGCCACCCAGAGGUGAUGGCUUAUCGGAGCAGAGAUGUCUCGGAGAACGGCAUGCCUCUCCAAAAUGGGUCCUUCUGCAAUGGGAGGGCCUUUGCACCUGGCUUGAUCAACAGUUUGUCUGGAUCCCCCAUUUCCUACCAUGGAUACAGCCCUCUCCCUCUAAAUAGCUUCCUAGUGGAUGACGAGUUGCGAGAGAUGAGGAUGCCUCUCUCCGAACUCUCGAGGGCAGGUGCCUUCCCCAAGGAGAGGAUCCUGCCAUGCGACAGCUCCAGGACAAUCCCCACUGAGUACAUGAGAACCAUUACCGACAUCUCGGCCAACAUGUGCCACGCUACCAUCUACGCUCCGAAAGAAGGUGCUGCUGAAGAAGCCAGGAGCGACAUGCACUACAGCGUAGCCUCUGGCCCCAAACCGGUCGUCCCUUCGAUCCGGAACAAUCCCUAUUUCUCUUGCGACAAAGUGGCCAAAGAGGAGGAGCGGACCUCUUCCGAGGAUGAAAUCAGCCAGCACUUUGAGCCCACCAACACCCCCCUGGACCGCAAGGGACUCAUCAGCCCCCAGAGCCCCCAGAAAUCGGACUGUCAGCCCAACUCACCGACCGAGUCCAGCAGCAGCAAGAACGCCCGUAUCAGUCAGAGCUCCAGCUCCCUCUUCACCAAGAGCCCCACAGACCCCAAAGCCUGCAACUGGAAGAAGUACAAGUUCAUUGUCCUCAACUCUCUCAAUCAGAGCACCAAGCAAGACAGUGCUGACCAGAACGAGAUGGGAACCCUCUCACCUCGCACCUACAUGCCCAUGUCCACUUGCCAGCAGUCCAUGGAGCCGGAGCAUCUUAACGUGCAAUCCCCCACCAAGAUGAGCGUGAAUGGAGAAGACUCUACUAUCCCACAAGCGAGCAGACUCAACAAUAUCGUUAACAGGUCCCGGGAUGGGUCCCCUCGGAGCAGCGAAGGGCAGUCCCCGCUGUACAUGCAUUCGUCAAAGUGCAGCUCCUGUGGCUGCCAGUCCCCACAACAUGCUGAGAUGUGCCUUCAUACCCCUGGCUCAAACUUUGGAGAGGAGAUGGGGGAAACUCAGUCUGAAUACUCUGACUCCAGCUGCGAGAACGGAGCCUUCUUCUGCAACGAGUGCGACUGCCGGUUCUCCGAGGAGGCCUCUCUCAAGAGACACUCUCUGCAAGUCCACAGUGACAAGCCCUACAAGUGUGACCGCUGCCAGGCCUCCUUCCGCUACAAGGGGAACCUUGCCAGCCACAAAACCGUCCACACAGGAGAAAAGCCGUACCGCUGCAACAUCUGCGGGGCACAGUUCAACCGGCCGGCCAACCUGAAAACCCACACGCGUAUCCACUCCGGAGAGAAACCCUACAAGUGCGAGACUUGCGGGGCCAGAUUUGUCCAGGUGGCCCAUCUCCGUGCUCACGUGCUCAUUCACACCGGGGAGAAGCCGUACCCCUGUGAGAUCUGUGGCACACGCUUCCGGCACCUGCAGACCCUCAAAAGUCACCUUCGAAUCCACACGGGAGAGAAACCGUAUCAUUGUGAGAAGUGCAACCUGCAUUUCCGUCCGCACAAAAGCCAGCUGCGGCUUCACCUCCGGCAGAAGCACGGGGCCAUCACCAACACCAAGGUGCAGUACCGCAUCUCGGCGAGCGAGGUGCCUCCGGAGCUCCCCAAGGCCUGCUGAAGGCAGAGGAUUUCCCAGGAGGAGGUCGCCUUGUGGGGGGAGAAGCUGUCCAAAGGAUACUUGCAACACUUUAAAAGAAAAA